UAAAUGAACAGUUGACAUGUGCAAGGUAUGAUAUAUUCCUAUAAAAUGGUGAUUGACUCUAUGCUGUGUAUGUGUGAGUAUUCAUAUAUUCCCUUCUAAGUGCUACACAUGAUGCUUUUGUGUGGAGCAACUGUAAUCUAAAGUAGCAGUUUGAGAGAGAGGAAUUAGGUGAUUUCCUGCUCGUUGGUGAAUAUCUACAUUCAAAGUGCAUAACAGUGCAUAAGUAUUUGUAAGCCAUGUAUUAGGUAUAUAUAUAAUACUACCAUUCACUGCCAAACCACCCAUCACCUCAGUAACUACAAACUAACUCUUAUCUCCUCAUGUAUGCAUUCCUAUUGGUUGUAAUUUUUUUUUUUUUUCACAUUUUUGUUAACUACUGAUAAUGGUAUUCAUAUUUCCAUCAGAAGAAAACUUUGGCACAUUACCAUUUCAUGAGUGACAAGCAGGCAUACUGCAUGACUAAAUCAUAAAAAUUUUGAAUUGGGAUCAUAAUAUUGUAAGUGUUAGUGGGUAUCCCCUCAAGCCCCUUCUCAUGGUGCCCUUGAGCAGCCACACCACUGAUGCAGAUCACAGAUACAACAGGGUCCAUGCACAAACUAUGGUCAUUGUGGAGCAGACCAUCAGGAUGCUGAAGAGUCAUUUCAGGUUUCUGCACUCCCCUAAAGGUAGCUUACAGUACAGACCCAUCAAGUGUGUGAAAAUAAUUAAUGCUUGCCUGCUCCUACACAACCGCUGCAUCAAGAGGGGUAUUCCUGUUCCUGCUGACAUCUAUCACCCCUUGAGAAUGAAGAGGUGCUCCAUGCUGAUGCCAACCCUGCUGUGCUACGGAGGGGUCAAUGUACUCCAGGCAGAAUUGUGCAGCAAGAACUCACACAAAACUUCUUCAAGCAAUGAAAUUGUCGAAGUGCCUGGGACAUGUCUUGUACAGCCACUCCCUGUUCCUGCUGCACCAUCACCAGCUCGUCCAUGCUCAGACGAAUCUGCUGCUGGUUUUCCUGCGCUUGAGACAGAACUUUUAACUCUGUGCGGCCACCUGCAAUACAGUUUAGAAGAAAACAUGACUUUACACCAUGUUACAAAAUAAAUGGUAUGUUAAGUUACAAGUCAUGCUAUCUUGCUGUGUCCUUUUACUUCAUUUGCUCCUUGGAUCUUUCUACUAUACUUAGGGUGGUGGUAUGACACACUUAUGGAAUCAGCAUUUUAAAUGCCUAAGAGAUGCAUUCCUUAAAAAAAAGAAAAGAAAAAAAAAGUAGUAAGAACAACAGGCUUACUGGCAGGAGUUGUACGCCUUCUGUUUGGCUUGGGUGCAGCA